UCGUGAUAACAACCUAAAAACACGACCUACGUUGCUGUCUACACGAAACAACGUACUCUUAUCAGUGAAAAAUCAAAAUAUUUUCAUUUUCGUGCAAAUAUUUCCACAUCUAACAUCUCAUUUAUCUUGUUUUAACCGCAGUCCACGAUGUCUGAAACAUUACCGUCAUCGUCUGCCACCGAAUCCAACGAAGCAGCCGUCAAAGAAGAGGACGAUUCUCCAUCGAGUAGUAAGAAAAUCAAGCUAAGCGAUCCGACCGAAGAGCAAGAAUGUCAAAGGGAAAAGCUCGAGCAUCGUUUAGGUGGAAUUCUUUGCUGCGCAGUUUGCUUGGAUCUUCCUCUAGCUGCCAUUUAUCAGUGUUCGAAUGGUCAUUUGAUGUGCGCUGGAUGUCUGUCUCAUCUGUUGGCUGAUGCUCGUUUACGAGAUGAAACAGCAACGUGUCCCAACUGUCGAGUGGAUAUCAGUAAGACUUCAGCUUCUCGUAAUCUAGCUGUGGAAAAAGCUGUCAGCGAGUUGCCUUCGGAAUGUCAGUUCUGUGGCAAACAGUAUCCUCGUAAUACUCUUGGUCGACAUGAACAAUCAUUGUGCAGCGAAAGAAUCACCAUCUGUCAAUACAGUCGUAUAGGAUGUCCUUGGCGUGGACCUUUUCACGAGCUCGCCGAACACGAGAAAGCUUGCCAAUUUCCUUGUUCGACCGGAGUUCAAGUGUUGGAAGUGCUCGAUGCUCUCGAUAAAAAAGCCCAAGAAGAAAAACGUCUGUAUGAUUCGAUCUUCGAUUUGUUAUCUUUCGAACGUAUCGUUCUUAAUGAUCUACAAUUCAAACCAUACAGAACGGACGAAUUCAUACACAAAUUAUACUACGAAACUCUUCGAUUUUCUGCCUUCGAUCAUCAAUGGGUAGUAAAAGCUCGUAUCAACAACAGCCAACGUGAUCCAACCUUGAGUUGCGAACGUGAAAUGUUCUAUCAGUUGGUAUUAAAAACCAAAACACUGGUCCCAUUGAGCAUUCACUAUAUGAUUUUACGAGGUCCUUUGAGCGAUAUAAAAUUAAAACCGAGCAUAUACCAAUUUGAAUUCAAAGACCAGGAAAACGAAGCACCUUACGUUAAGUUACCUCUCGUAGACAGUGCCGAAUGUAAUCGUUUAUUGGCUGGAAAGGCUAUCAACUUUAGGUACGUAUUAUUUUCAUUUUCAUCACUAAUAAUUUCGUACUACUAUUUUAAGCACGUAGUAGAAAUUAUACACGUAUUGGUCUUCAUCUGUUUACAUAACGAGGUGUCUCGCGUAUACUUUUUCAAAUUGAAAAAUCAGUCUUUAUCCAUCGUCGACACCUCGUUAAAAUAUAAUUUUCAAAGUGCUUAUUUACAGCUACAUACGAAAAUUUUGGUAUUUUAAAACCCUUGUAUACUCGGAGUAGCAGGUAAACCCCUACAAGUACUUUUCUCGUUUUCGUGUGUGUGAGUAAGUUGAACGGACGAGUAAAAUUUCGAUUUUGGUAUUUACAAAAUCGAAAUUUUACUUGGUACUUGAGAUUCAUCUCUUCGAGAGUAAGUAUCUGGUUAAGUAUCGAGCUUACGUAAGCUCUCAGGAAUAUGGCUUGUUCACUCAGCAGUGAUCUAAGUCUUUGUUUAAAGUAAUACCAUAUUUUCCACCAUAUGUUCUAAUUGUGUUUUGUGUUCGAUUUCAUCGUAAAUAGGUUUUUAUAAUUUGGUGGGUAAUUAUUUUACAGGUAUUAUUCUUCAUGUAUUUUUAUUCGUAUCUACUUGCAUAUUUUCGUUUAUGUGUGUUUUUGUUUUAUGCUUUGAGCCAAAGAUCGUCUAUACUUAUAGAAUUAUUUUCAUUAUUGUUAGGUUGAUAAUGUUUCUUCUUCCCAGAUAAAGACGUCUUACAUACCUAAUAUUUUCACUUUGUUCGCGUUUCAGUAAUAUCCACGAGAUUAUUACAUAACAUUUAGUUUCAACAUAAUGUAAGUAUUUUUUUUCUGAAAAAUUAAGGUAAAAUUUACGUGUACUAAUUAUGUUAGAUAUUGUAUUGUAAUAAACGAGCAUGUUUACUUUUUUGUAUUUUUUAGAAUUAUACUUUUAUGAAUGUAUCUCUCUCUCUGUACUUUAUUAUAAUGAUGGUUGUCAUAAAAUGCUUUCAUGUUUCGAUCAUGCAUUUUUUUUUCUGAUGUAGACUUUUUUCUUUUUACUGGAAAACAAUUUUUUAGGCAAUAGGGAAUUAGGAAUCAGAUUUCCACAUUUUUGACUCGAACUGUAUUACAUUUAAGUAAUAAUUUUGUAUACUUUUUUCUGAUUAUGUGAAGUGGUCGAAACUACAUCUAUAUUAUUUUGCUUUUUUUCUAGUCGAAAAAUAGUUUCAGUUCAAACUUUGCACGUAAUUACUUGAUUAUCACAUUAACUAAAAAAAAAAUCCAUAAAUGUUUUCCAUAGCUCUCAGAAAAUGUAAUCAUAUGCAAAAUCUUCCUGUUUUAAAAAUUUUACCCUACGUUAUGAUUUUUAAAAUAUCAGAAAAAAAUUAUAAAUGUUUCACAUCACUUUUUUUUGCAUUUUACAGAUUUUAAAUUUAUCAACCUAAAAAUAUUUGCGUUUUUACUCUUUUUUCUCUCUUCAUUAUAGACACACUUGUAGAGAUGAGCGUUGUUUGAAUGUAUGUAAUCAUUGUACUCAUAAAAUUUCAUACCUAUUAUAAAUAUAAUUCACUCAAAUAGCA